UUUGCCGCGGAUCUCCGAUACGCGCACGUUCGAAAUGAUGGAGGCUACGAGCACCAGCUAUAGUGUGUACACCGGACAGAGAUAUGCGCGCAACCAGGUGAUGUCGAACGAAAACUGUAAUCUGGUGCACUCGUACGUGUACGCGCAGCAGCUAUGCACGGAUCCGUAUAUAGGGGGCAAUUUCUGCCGAGUUACCCACGGCGGUCCGUUGGCCGUGGAGGAUGAGAAUGGGCCAAUGCUGAUUGGCAUUACCAACUGGAUUUACGUCUGUUCGAUGAAUAAUCCGCUCGCACAUACUCGAGUGACUUACUUUAGCGAAUGGAUUCGGAGGAACUCCGAUUAUAUGUUUGAUUUUUAGUCGAAUCGAGCGAUUGUUGGUGAUGUCAAGAAGGGGUGGAUAAUGUAUGGAAUGUGUAAUAAAAUAUGUUUCAUCUCAUAAAA